AUGGACGACGUUAAGAUCUACAGGCUCGCUCUUAUAUGCGACGGCGCCUUUAUAAGCGCGGUGGAGACGCCACUCUCGAAGGAGCAUGAGCCACUACCGGAGAAGCAUAAGCCACUACACAACGCUCUAGACGACUGCUAUCAGCUAUUCGUAAGAUGGGUUAAAGUCACAGGCGCUAGGGAAGAUGACGAGCGGAAUCUAGACCAGCGACUGAAGUUCAGCCCGGACUUGCAGAACGAGGUAGCCAGGUUGCUUGAGCUCAUCUCAAGGCACCUAAGGGGAGACUUUUACAAGGCCCAAAGAGACGUUUAUGCAAUGUGGGACGCGUGCGUAGAGAGAACAAAAUCUGCCGCGGAAGGCGAAUCCUCAGCUACGAAUCUUAGCGUGUUGGCGCAGAUCUUCCCACCCGUAACAGUCAUCCAUGGAGCUAUCGAUGAGUUAUCGCGCAUCAUGUCGAUUGAGUCAAGAGACAAAGGUUGCUUUGAAGUGGCUGCGGUCAGGUGGGUGAAGAAAUUACACCCUGAUAUACCCGAGACUCUGGCCGAACAGCUGGGCAUAUCCAUCGAAUGCAGGCGUCUUCGCUUACUCCGUCAAACAAAGUACGAACGGGGGUUCCCCCCUGAAGGAUAUCAGUAUCGUCGCCCACGGCUUGCGCAGCCAGAAGAUCAGAUGGUGGCUGCGUUGGACCGUGUGACUUUGACCGACUCUCCAGUGUUGGAUCCAGUACUGCCACCAGAUGAUGCUUCGUAUCAGCAGAAUAUCGGGUCCGAGGCCACUACAUCAUCGGCAGCUCAAGCAUAUCCGCACCCAAAGGCUCCCAAUCCACCAGAGGGCUCCGAGUACUGUCAAUGUAAAUGGUGUUGCAACAAGCUCAGUGCCAAAAACCUGACGUACAAAGAAUGGUGGGCACCGCACUUCGACGAAGAUCUCCAGCCUUACACGUGCAUCGAAAAGAGGUGUAGGUGGCCGCCGAUAUACUUCACGAGCGUAGAUCAAUGGCAGAAGCAUAUGGUGGAGAAGCACACCACUAGCUGGACCGAACACAUCCACAGGAUAGUCCAACACUGUAGCCGGCACGUAGACAAGGAAGGCCAUACAGACCGCAAGGAGUUCCAAACCACCAGAGCACUCCUCGACCAUUUGGCUGACGAACAUGCUCUAAAUGCUGGGUGCAUCCCUUAUCGAAUCAAAUCGCCGGGAACAUGUCUGUUCUGUAACUCCGAUGCCGCUGCCAAAGCAGUUCCAAGGAAUGAGUUUGGAGCAAGCAAGACUGCGAACGUCGGUGACGCUGCUAUUGAAGCGCAUGAGUCUGAAGAGCUUGUUCGAGUAAAGCUCUGGGAGCAUAUCGGCCAUCAUCUCAGCAACCUGGCUUUCUUAUCGCUGAAAUGGUUCGAAAAUGACAAGGUGGAUGUCGACGGAGGUGAUGGAAAGGCGAAUGCCGCGCAGAGGAAAGGAUGUAAUGAUGAUGACGAUCGGGAAGCGGCAUCAGUGUAG